CACGUCUUCCACUCAUCACAAACCUCGGGCCGGGGACCAAGACAGGCACACGCACGUACACUCCGACGCACACGGUGCAGGCGCAGGACCGAAACCCUCGUACAGUAGAGCGGUUCCAGGGGCAGCGGGAAUCUUUGUCCCCUUCAGAGCACAGCUUUGUCCAGGAUGGAGCUUUUCGAGACCAACCCUUACUUCUUCCCUGACCAGCGCUUCUACGAGGGAGGGGACAGCUACUUCCCCUCUCGUCUACCUGGGGGUUACGACCAAUCCACCUACCAGGACAGGAACUCCAUGGUGGGCUUGUGUGGGACUCUGUCUGGGGGCGUUGGAGUUGGGUUGACGGGAACGGAGGACAAAGCCUCUCCGUCCAGCCUGUCACCUCAACCCGAGCCCCACUGCCCGGGUCAGUGCCUCCCAUGGGCCUGUAAGCUGUGCAAAAGAAAGACGGUUACCAUGGACCGCCGGAGAGCAGCCACAAUGAGGGAGAAGAGGCGUCUGAAGAAGGUGAACGAGGCCUUUGAUGCUCUGAAGAGGAGCACCUUGAUGAACCCAAACCAGAGGCUGCCCAAGGUUGAGAUCUUGCGGAGUGCCAUCCAGUACAUUGAAAGGCUGCAGGCCCUGGUGUCCUCCCUCAACCAGCAGGACAAUGAGACGGGACAACAGGGACUGCACUACCGACCCAGCACGGCCCAACCCAGAGUGUCGUCAAGCGAGCCCAGUUCAGGCAGCACCUGCUGCAGUAGCCCAGAGUGGAGCAGCACUCCAGAGCAGUGCACACAGAGCUACAGCAGCGAGGAUCUCCUGAGUGCUGCUGACUCUCCGGACCAGGGCAACAUGCAUGCGCUAACCUCCAUCGUGGAAGGCAUCAGUGCUGCAGGCGGACCCGUGGCCUUUCCUGUGGAUAUUUCCAAAUAGAGCCUCGAAACAUUGGCGUGAAAGACAAAAACUAAAAUGACAAUUGGCAAUGCAGGCUGAUAAUCGGUCCAAUUUAAUAUAUUUUUCAGCUGUAAUGAUCUGAGGUGUCUUAUGCUACAAAUUUUAAUUAGUAUUUGAAUUGUAUCGUAUCUCUGCUGGCCAAACUGAAUUCCUCCAGUUAACAAUGAGGCCUUAUUCCCUUUAUUUCCUGCCUUAUCCUCAGUCACAACAGUCUGUUAGAGCGACAGGAGCUUAGUCUAACACAAGAGAUUCAAGGACUUUACUGCAUGAACCCAACACCUAGAUACUAGAGUGGACUAUUGUUAGACCUCCUUCAGUCUGAUGGUUAAUGAGUAGUGAUGAAGCCUGGUGUCCUCCUUACUUAAUUUCAGUUUUUCCUCUUCUCAAAACCUUUCCCUAAUCCCUUGAUAAUUGUGUGUGUUCAUUUGCGGGGCCAAUAUGUACCAUGGCAGUUUUGACCAAGAUCUGCUUAAUUUAAACUGGUUAUGAAUGCUAGUGAUGUAAAUACGUUCCCUUUUUCUACAGAGUGGUUUUGCCAUUUUAUUUUGUAUUUUUUGCUAACUUAUUUUUGACUUUUAUAACUAAGAUUGUUGUGUAUUUGUAGAUGUUCUGAAAAGUGAUAUUUUCUGUCCAAAUAUUUCAACCAAUAAAACCAAUUUUCCAAUUUUC